CGCAAGAUCCUACCUUCUAUUCAUUGCCAUGCCAUAAGCCUUGUUCUAUGCACAGGUUCUAUGAUUCAUGUGUUGACUGCGUGUACGUGUUUCAUCCGUAUAGAAAACGUUUAAAUUUUCCACAGAAUUUUCAAUACAUCAGCACUAAACACUAGAAUCUAAACUUAAGUAAUUCUGAUGUCAAGUCCAAAGGAAGAAUGUGUUUUGAAGGCGGGACAUCCUCCAGCAGUGAGAGCUGGGGGUAUGAGGAUAACUCAGCAUAAGGUGCGAAGAGACUCAGGUGGCUUAACUGAAGAUACAACAGGAAUCACCAUAUCGGGAAGCCCCCCUAAAACUAUGACAAUAUCAGGUGCUGUAGCUAAAGGCAAUGCAGAUUUUCCUGUCGAAGCUGUUGAGGGCUUUCACAAGGAAAAACCACCUGCAGUGCAUACCAGCAAACCUGGUAGUCACAUCAUCCAGCAACCCAGAAAGUAAACUAGCAAAGCUUGCGCAUUGCUAAAAAUUGGGCAAAUUUCAUAUUUUGGCUUUAAUUGAAAUUUUUAUUGGAUGUUAUUAUUAAGAAUAAAAAAAUAUUCUCACUUGCAUACAAGAUAAGGUUUUAUACGUAAAGGGAUACUGUGUGCAGGUAUAUAU